AUGAAAGAAAAUCAAUUAAAAACUGCAUUAGAAUUAAAUCAAAUCUCAUCUCGAGAAUUAGAACGAACAAGUAGAAUAUUUGAAACAAGUGCAGAACAUCAAUCAACAUUAAAUGGUAUAUGUGCAAUUGCAUUAGUAUUUUUAACUUAUCUUGGUCCAUAUACAUAUGGAUUUCGACACCUUAUCUUAACUGUUCAUUAG